CCAGCAGCCACGUCACCCGCCGCCACUACAGCAGAGGAGCAGCUCCCUCCCUCCUUCCCUCACAGCCCGGCCACUGCCGUCCAUCCUUUUCGGAGUAACACGGCGCCGGGAAGUCACGGUUUGCCCUCAACUAGCGAAUGUCCAACUUUCUAUAGAAUAUAUAGGAGAGAACGCCGCGCUGAGCCCGGUCCGGGGACUCUGAGGGGACUUUGUGGGAAAACUUUCAGCGCUUCUGCAGCAGCUCUGCUGAAUUUUUCCUCAGAACUUUUUGCACUGUUGCAGGAAGAUGAAUAUUUUUAGAAUUUCAGGGGAUUUAUCCCACUUACUAGCUAUUAUCAUCCUGCUGAUGAAGAUGUGGAAGACCAAGUCCUGUGCUGGAAUAUCAGGGAAAAGCCAGCUAUUAUUUGCUCUUGUGUUUACCACACGUUACUUGGAUUUGUUUACUUCAUUCAUAUCCAUCUACAACACUGUCAUGAAGUUCGUCUUCCUUAUCUGCGCAUAUGUCACAGUUUAUCUUAUCUAUCUGAGGUUCCGAAAGACAUAUGAUAGUGAAAAUGAUACAUUUCGCCUGGAGUUUCUGCUGGUACCAGUUGUUGGGCUGUCAUUUCUAGAAAACUAUGAAUUUACACCUCUGGAGAUCCUCUGGACUUUUUCCAUCUAUCUGGAAUCUGUGGCCAUUCUGCCACAGCUCUUUAUGAUAAGCAAGACAGGGGAAGCAGAAUCGAUCACUACGCACUACCUCUUCUUCCUGGGGCUCUAUCGCCUGCUCUAUUUGGCCAACUGGAUUUGGCGUUUCCACACUGAGAAUUUCUAUGACCAAAUAGCUGUCGUGUCUGGAGUUGUGCAGACCAUCUUCUACUUUGACUUCUUCUACCUCUACAUAACUAAAGUUCUCCGUGGAAAGAAACUGAGUCUUCCAAUGCCAGUGUAAAGGACCAGGAUUUCAGCUGAUGGAGCAAUGGACUUAAACAGUGCACUUUCACUCCGAAUGAAGUGUGCUCUGUAACGCCUUCCACAACAAAGCCAAAAUGGUACACUUGUUUUCAGUUUUUUUCUUUUACCGGUCAAGUGUAAUAAAAUAUAUUUGUAAUACA